AUGGCGUCUCCCAGUACCUUUAUCUCUGCUGUGAACCCACCCAGCUCGCCAUCACAACCUCCUGUCGAAAAACCAUCUCCACCACCUGUCAAUAUUCUCCCCUCUCAACUCGCGCAAACCUAUUCAUACGUGCACCCAACAAUUCUCCUGGCAUUGGGAGUGACACGGUUCAAUGCCUUGGUAGAAAAUCCAGUUUCCGAACUCCUCAAUGAUCUUCCUUGGCUAGCGCUCUUGCAACUGAGCUAUGUCAUACUUUGUCUCCCGCCCGCGGGAUCACUAGCCUCAGACAGCUCAUCUAGUGAGAAAAGUCAACGGUCAACCUCUGGUACCACACGCCCAGGCAAGCCUGGACCUCGCCGAAAGCACUCAGGAAAGAAUUUGUGGGCUGGAAUCUGGGCUAAGUUGAUGCCCGCGUUCCUCUCUGUGGCCUUGACAUUUUUCAUCGCCACCCCAGUCAUCGCCGUUCUACUCGUUCUCUUCGGUGCCCCGCUUACCACCCACAACUAUGAGACCAUCCUCUGCGCAGCUCAUAUGGCUCUUCUCUCCUCUUCCGGAUUGACCUACGUUCAUGGACUAGAUGCCUCUGUCUGGAAGGAGGUUUGGGGAUUUGCGCGCCCCGUCGACGCGGUUUGGGGCGGUGCCUUUGGUACCGUUCUGGGUGCUUGGUUCGGUGCUAUUCCCAUUCCUUUGGACUGGGAUCGCCCAUGGCAAGCAUUCCCCAUUACCAUUCUGGCAGGUGCAUACAUGGGCUACGUGGUGGGGACCUUGGUUUCUCGCACACCCUUAUUGUAUGGUAAGCGCCUUCAGUUUACGCAUGGCCAAGAUGAGGAAGAGGAGAAGACCAACUAG